AUGAGCGCGCCUGCGCACAAUGGCCCGGCUCACGUGCGCAACAGUCCUUUCGCCAGAGGGAGCGGGAGCGCAGCAGCCCCGUCGCCCGGCCCGACCCCUCGUCCACUCUCCAUCGGCCACCAACCGCACCCGCACACAGAGGCCAAGAUGGCGCACGCACGGCAUCAGUCCCUCACCCAUCUGAGCAGCCCGCCGCUCGGCCGCAGCGACUCGCGCCUGCGCUCCGACUCGAACCGCAGCAGCGUCCCCAUCGGCACAUUCGCACCGCAGUUCAUCUCCGAAGACUCGCCCGACAUGGCCAGGCCCGGCGGCAUCGUCGAGGGCGAGAACGACUUCUCUGGCAAGCGCUACGUCUGGCUGCGCGACCCCAAGACCGCCUUCGUCCGAGGUUGGGUGGUCGAGCAUCUCGCUGGCGGGAGGCUGCUGGUGCAAUGCGACGACGGCACACAGCAGGACGUCGACGAGGAUGCCGUCGACAAAGUCAACCCAGCCAAGUUCGACAAGGCGGGCGACAUGGCCGAGUUGACGCACCUGAACGAGCCCUCGGUCAUCCACAACCUGCACAUGCGCUACCAGGCAGACCUGAUCUACACAUACUCAGGCCUGUUCUUGGUCACGGUCAACCCCUACUGUCCUCUGCCCAUCUACACGCGAGAGUACAUCAACAUGUACAGAGGGCGGGGGCGAGAGGAGACAAAGCCACAUAUCUUCGCAAUGGCCGAUGAGGCCUUUCGGAAUCUCGUGGAUGAGGGCACCAACCAGAGUAUCCUUGUCACGGGAGAGUCCGGUGCUGGAAAGACGGAGAACACCAAAAAGGUCAUCCAGUAUCUAGCCGCCGUCGCCAACUCGGACACGCCCCGAGCAAAGUCUGGCGCCAAAAACCUCACGAACCUCUCCGAGCAGAUCCUACGAGCGAACCCUAUCCUCGAAGCGUUUGGAAACGCCCAAACAGUCAGGAACAACAACUCGUCGCGUUUCGGAAAGUUCAUUCGAAUCGAGUUCAGCCGCGCAGGCCAGAUUGCUGGUGCUUAUAUUGAUUGGUAUCUUCUCGAGAAGUCCAGAGUGGUAAAGCUCAACCCCAAUGAGCGCAACUACCAUAUCUUCUACCAACUUCUGCGUGGAGCGGACCCAACGAUGAAGCAGGACUUCUUGUUGGACUCGAAAGACACGGAAGACUUCGACUACACCAAGCACGGCAACGACGCAAUCUCCGGCGUUUCGGACCGUGAUGAGUGGAACACGCUGAUAGAGGCGUUCCAUGUCAUGAAGUUUACAGAAAAGGAGCAAGCCGGCAUUCUUCGGACCGUUGCAGCUGUUCUCCACCUGGGUAACAUCAAAGCAACCAAGGAGAGUCGACGAGCAGACCAGGCCACGUUGGACUCCAAUGCCGAAGCCCAAGCUCGAAAAGUGUGUCAGCUGCUUGGUGUGUCUGCAGACGACUUCCUGAAAGCACUACUUCAUCCUCGGGUCAAGGCUGGACGCGAGUGGGUCGAGAAGGUUCAGACGCCCGAGCAAGUCAACCUGGCGCUAGAUGCUCUCGCAAAGGGUAUCUACGAGCGUGGUUUCGGUGAUCUUGUCGACCGCAUCAACCGACAGCUGGACCAGACAGGAUCCGGUGGCGACGACUCUCACUUUAUCGGUGUUCUGGACAUUGCUGGUUUCGAAAUCUUCGACGAGAACAGCUUCGAGCAGCUUUGCAUCAACUACACAAACGAGAAGUUGCAGCAGUUCUUCAACCACCACAUGUUCGUUUUGGAACAGGAAGAAUACGCUCGGGAGCAGAUCGAAUGGAAAUUCAUCGAUUUCGGUCGUGAUCUACAGCCCACCAUCGACCUCAUCGAGCUGCCCAAUCCAAUUGGUAUCUUCUCAUGUCUAGACGAGGACAGUGUCAUGCCUAAAGCCACCGAUGUCAGCUUUACAGAGAAGCUGCAUUCGCUCUGGGAUCGUAAGAGCAACAAGUACAAGCGUUCCCUCCUGACUCAGGGUUUUGUGCUUACUCACUACGCUGCGGAGGUCGAAUACUCGACAGAAGGAUGGCUGGAGAAGAACAAAGACCCUCUGAACGACAACGUCACUCGUCUUCUAGCAGCGUCGUCGGACAAGCAGAUCGCGAAUCUGUUUGCAGACUGUGCAGAUCCGGACGACGAGGUUGGUGGCACCCGCAGCCGCGUAAAGAAAGGACUCUUCCGCACUGUGGCUCAGCGCCACAAGGAGCAGCUUUCAACGCUCAUGAACCAGCUGCAUUCAACACAUCCUCACUUCGUUCGUUGCAUUCUCCCAAAUCACAAGAAACGGCCAAAGCAGUUCAGUGCUCCGCUUGUCCUGGAUCAGCUACGAUGCAACGGUGUGCUCGAAGGCAUUCGAAUCGCUCGUACCGGAUUCCCCAACCGACUGACCUUUGUUGAGUUUAGACAACGAUACGAGGUCUUGUGCAAAGAUAUACCCAAAGGCUAUCUUGAGGGUCAACUUGUUGCGAAAAUGAUCCUGGAGAAGCUGGGCAUGGACAAGGCUCUCUACCGUGUUGGCAUCACCAAAGUCUUCUUCCGGGCUGGAGUCCUCGCGGAGCUAGAAGACCAAAGAGAUGCCCUUAUCCGUGACAUCAUGAUCCAGUUCCAGUCCGCAGCGCGUGGAUUCACGCAGCGACGUAUCGCUCACAAACGCCUCUAUCGUGCCGAAGCCACUCGCAUCGUACAGAAGAAUUUCCAAGUCUACCUGGAUCUCCAAUCGAACCCCUGGUGGCGGCUCUUCGUCCGCAUGAGGCCGAUGCUCGGAGCCACUCGCCAAGCUGCCGAGGUGAAGAAGCGCGAUGAGAUGAUCCUCCAGCUCGAAGACAAGAUGCAGCAGGAGGCGGCUGAACGGCAGCGCGUAGAAGAUGAUCGACGAAGAGCCGAGUCGGACAUGCAGAAGAUUCAGAAGACACUCGAGAGCGAACGUGCUUUGGCUCUUGACAAGGAAGAGAUCUUCAAGCGGCUGCAGUUCCGCGAGGCUGAGCUCGCUGAGAAGCUUCAGGGCGCGAUCGAGGACCAAGACCAACUGGAAGACCAACUGGAUGCCUUGAUGGAGGCCAAAAAGAAGACCGAAGAGCAAGCAGAGAUAUGGCGAAAAGAGUUGGAGCAAGCCGGCCAAAUCAUUGGAAACCUGGAAACCGAGAAGCAAGAUCUCGAGGAGCAACUUGCACGACUCGACCAGCAGUUGCAAGAACUUGAAGCCGCUCAAUCAAAGCGCAGCCUAGCGGAGGAGUCCAUGAGUCAGGAAGUGAAGAUGUUGCAGAGCCAUCUGAGUCUGAAAGAGCGAAAACUCCAAGAGCUGGAGUCGAAGCUCCUCACGACAGAACAGGAUCUCGACAUCAAACUUGCAGCAUCGGACAAGGAGGUGCAAGCGAGCAAGAAGCAAAUCAAAGAGCUUCUCGAAGACAACCGACAGGUGCGACAACAGAUCUCCGACCUUUCCUCGACUUCCACCAGCUACGAAGACCUUGUUCGCCGCAAAGAAAGCGAACUGGCCAUUCUGAAGGCUGAUCUGAAGAAAUACGAGUCCGACCGACAAACUUUCGAUGCAGAGAAGCAGACACUUGCUUCGAAACAUGAUGAUCUUCAGAGCCGCCUGCGCGAGGCCAAUGCUGAGCUUGAAGCCAUGCGAUCUCAGAAGCAGCAAUCGGACCGUGAAGCCGCCGAUGCAAAGCGUCUCCUCGAGGACCGCGAAACUGAAGAUGCACAGUCGAAGCUGCUUCAGGAACAGAUCGAACUUCUCAAGUCUGAGAUGUUCGAGGUCCAGAAGGAGUUGAGCCGCGAACGGCAAUCGCGCGACGACGUGGAAAUGCUCGGUGAACACAAAUACGACACAUUGAAGCGUGACUUUGACGCGUUGAACGACUCCAAGAUUACCAUUGAGAAGGAGAUGUAUGCACAGCAAGACGUUCUGCGGCGCGCAACCGAGACUCGCACUGCGCACGAGCAAGAACGCAAGGAAUACCAAGCUGAGCUGCGGAACCUGCGUGAGCAAUAUCUCAAACUGCAGGAAGACAAGAUGGACGCCGAUGCCGAAGCCGAGCGCACUCAGUCACGUCUAGCCCUGGAGAAGCAAGCCGCACGGCAAGAAGAACUGAACUUCAAGGACCAACAACUUGACCAACUGGAGGCAGAGCGGGACGAUCUUGCUGAGCAAGUGCAUAGCCUGACUCAGAUGCUGGCUGAUGCGGAGGGCUUCAGAGAGCGAAACGACCAACAGAAGGAACGCCUCGAGCGUGAGCUAGUUACCGUCAAGGGCCGGCUGACAGCUUCCGAGAACGACAACCGCGCACUGCUCAACAAGGUUCAACAAAAGAACCUCGACAUUGCCCGAACAAACUCUCGUGCUGGCGAGACUCAGCGCUCGAAGAUCAUGCAACUGACAAACGAGAAGUCAAAGUUCGAAGAGGACAACAAGCGACUCUAUCGUCAGCUCGAGGACGCUCAAGUCAGCAUUGCGUCGAUGGAGAAGCAGAAGGAGAAACUUGAGCUAACCCUCGAGGAUCUGAACCACGAGAUCAACCGUGAAGCGAAGAGCAACCGGACCGCAGAAAAGGCUUCUUCCACCGUCAAUCUACAGCUUGCAGACGUGAAUCGCAAGCUCGAGACGGAGAGGCAAUUACGUACCCAAGCUCAAGCCAACACGCGUGCAGUACAAGCCGCAUUGGACAACAACAAUCGUGAAUUGGAGGAAUGUCACAACCAACUCAUGCUACUCCGUAAGGUCUUCGACCCUGAGUCUGCCGAGGUUGCCAUCAGCUAUGAUGCUGCGAAACCACAAAUCUCAAAGGCCGUGGAUGUUGCAGAGCGCCUAGAGGCUGCUAACCAGGCAUUGCGUGUUGCCACGGAGCGGUACAAUCGCGCCGAAGCUCAGCUGGACGACCUUCGGGAGAGGCACGAGGGUGAGAUCAACGACUUGGAUACACGCCAUGCCAACUCGAAGCGUGCUCUGCUCGAAGAGAUGAACAGCAGCCAGGUAAACCAAGCGAACGCGAAUCGAUCGCCAACACACAGAAGGUUAGACAGCGAGAACCGCAAGCCAUUUUCGACGAGUACGCCGACUAACCAACGCCACAUCAGUAACGCAACGAACGACUCUGCCCGCUCUGACCGUACAGUCGACACUGUCGCUUUCAACAACCGCAUGGACAUGGCUGCCGAGCUCGAACUCGCACAGAACCAGUUGCAGAUGUCGGAAAUGCGAAACGCACAUCUGCAGGGCCAGCUCGACCAGUCUCCUGCUCGGAACAACAGCUGGCAAGAAGAAAGCCCGUCGAUGAGACGUGUGCAGAAACUGGAACGCGAGAACUUCCGUCUGCAUGACAUGCUCGACGACUCCGCAAAGAAGGUUUCCUCACUCGAAUACAAUCUGCGCUCAGGACAACUAUCCUACCAGGAAGUACAGACAAAGUCACACGAGGAGCUGUUCGAGUUGCUCAACUCGCAAGAACAGUCGCGCAAGUCCAUUGUACAAGCCCACAACAACGCCAUCAAUGAGCUGGCUGACGCAAAGACGGCCUUCGACGACAUCAAGCAGAUGAAGACAGCCUUGGAAGCUGAGCUUCGUGAGGUGUCGGCUGAGUUGGACGAAUAUGCCUCCGAGCGUGAGCAAGAGCAAGCCAACCACAAUCAGCUGCUGCAGGAAUUUGCAGAUCUCCAGAUUCGACUUGAUGACGAGACUUCUACUCUACUCGACGUGCAGUCCAGCUUGAGCCUGUACAAGAGCCGCGCUGACGAAUACUUCAACAAACUCGAGCAGGCAGAAAUCGCUGUGCUCAAGGCAUCCCGUGCCGAACAGUUCGCCAGGACACAAGCACGUGAGGCUGAAGAGACCUGUGCCACAUUCAUGGCGGAACGCAAGGAGAUGGAUGGCAUGGUCGAGGGCUUUCAGCGACAAGUCCAACAGUAUGAGGAGCGUGUAGAGGAUCUUUCCACCGAUCUACAAGCGGCGCUGCAGGCAAAGAAGCGUCUCCAGAACGAGCUCGAGGAUUACAGAAGCCAGCAUGCCCACGACAUUGAAGACGGAGAAACCUCACUGGAACAAACGCGCAAGAAGUACCAAACCGAACUGUCGACGUUGACAAACGAGCUGGACCAGGAGCGCGAGACAAUCAUCUACAUACGCGAGGAGAACGGACGCUUACGUGAGGAGAUUGAAGAAAUGAGAAGCAAGUGGGACGAUGAAGUCCUAAACUCGUCCACCUGGGCCAAGGAGAAGAACCGCCUCGAGAUGACGCUCCACGUAGUGUCCAACUCUCGUGACGAGGCAGCCAAUGCCCACAAUGAGGCUCAGUCUAAGAUUGUGAACCUCUUGUCUCAAGUUCGAAACCUUCGCACCAAUGUCGAUGAUCUCGCUGCUGAGCGCGACUCUGCCAUCGAGGAGAAGAAGCGCCUUGAAACACGUUUGCAGGAGGCCGCGGACCGACUGGACGACCUAUCGCGAUCCGAGUCACCGGCGAUGCGCAAUGCAGCUGCCUAUGACCGCGAGCUGCUCGAAUUGAAGUCCGGCCUGGCCCAGCAAGAGGAUAUAGCUGCGGCAGCCGUCGGUAAGAUGCGCCGUGCGGAAGCACUGGCACAGGAGCUACAGAAGGACAUCAUUGCCGAACGCGAGGCGAACGUACAGCUGCAUAAGGAGAAGGGUCUUGUCGGCAAAAACCUCAAGGACCUCCAGCUUCGUCUGGUGGAUCUUGAAACGAAGGGCUACAGCGGCUCAGCUGGAAAAGAUGUCCGCUUCCUCCACGGACGUAUCCAAGAGCUUGAGAAAGCGCUUGAGGACUCGGAAUCGACACGCCUCUCCGACUCCCGCGCCGUUCGCAAUGUCGAUCGCACAGUCAAGGACUUGCAGUCACAGAUCGAGCGUCGCGAGAAACAGAACGCCUCUGUCACUGAAGACCUCAACAAAGCUCGCGACAAAAUUUCCAGCCUGCUCUCCACCAUCGACGAGCUGCAGUCGUCAGAUUCAGGGAACCAGCUCGCUGCUAAGCGCGCCGAGCGCGAACUCCGUGAAGAACGCGAGAAGAGUGUCAAACUGGAGCGCGAACUCGAGAACCAUAAGAAUUUGCGCGUCGAGCGAAGGAGCCAGCUUGGCGUUCCUGGCAUCGCAGCGAGCGACGCCGGCGAUGCGCGAUCACGCCGUGGCUCCUCGAUCGGCCUUUUGAUGGGGGGCGAAAUGGGCGAGGCUGCGCCUGGCGAGAAGAAAUUCGGUAGUUUCCGAAGCGGACUACGACGCGUCUCCGGCCAGAAGGGUUUUUUCCCAUAUUUCCGCAGAGAAGUUGAAGAGGAUGUGGGCGGUCCUGUCACUACAUUGAAAGAAGAGAUGAAGAAGCAAGAAGGCACCGUCGCAGCUGUCAAACCCAGAGCGCUGGUUAUUGCCGGCGCGGGCAUGAGGAGGAAACACAGCUACGACACAGGCGUCGGCCUGCUGGAAGACAUCGAGGAGGUGGAGUCUGUGCUGGAGAAAGAUUCGGUGCUGAAUCAAGCUUUCCUAGGGGAAGACUACGAGGAAAACGAGGAGGAGCAAGGAGAAGACGAGACGCUGGUCGAAGUCGACGGCGAGCUGUACAAGGAGAAACAAGUCGAGAUUGACGUCACGGACUCUGAGCCUGAGACUGACAACGAGUCGCUUGCCGAACCCCAGGAGGACGGGUGUGGUGUCAAGCGCAAGAGGACGAUUCGUGUUGUCAUUCGGUCGAGGGCGUUUAUAUAA